CCCUCGGCCGCGACAACAUUCACGCCUGCGCGCCCCAUUAGGCAUAGCGGAGCUAUGGGUUCCCCAGAAGAUGGUCGCUCUUGUAGCCUGCGUAUUGAUCAUUUGAACUUACCUCUAGCAACACUCACAGACACAGCAACGACAUGGCCGCCAACAUCCAGAUCGAGGGCAACCCGGCGUUUGCGCGCAUCCCGCCGUGGGUCAAGGCGAAGCUGCGGCCCAUUGCCAUUGAGAAGAUCCAGCAGGUCCAUGACUGGAUCGAACACGAGGUUGUCCCGGCAGAGCGCAUCUACAAGGCGCAGCUGAAGGAGGCGAGGUGGACGACGCCUGCCAUCGUCACCGAGCUGCGCAAAAAGGCCAAAGCCCAGGGCCUGUUCAAUUUGUUCUUGCCCAAUCACUUCGAAGAGAGCCCUGGGUUGACAAACUUGGAGUACUCGUGCUGUGCAGAGAUCAUGGGCAGAGUGUACUGGGGUGCUCAGACACUCAACUGCCAUGCCCCCGAAACCGGCAACAUCGAGCUGCUCGCCAAGUACUGCACGCCCGAGCAGAAGAAGAAGUGGCUGCACCCGCUGAUGAACGGCGACUUCUCGUCGGCAUACAGCAUGACCGAACCCGACCGCGCCUCGUCGGACGCUACGCAAGUGGGCAUCAAGAUGGAGAUCACGGACAAGGAGGUCAUCAUCAACGGCCGCAAGCUGUACGGCAACUGCAAAUACAACGAAGAGAUGCAGAUCUUCAUCCUCAUGGGCUGCUCCGACCCCGACAACAAGAACCCUUGGAACAGACACACAACCCUCGUGGUACCGGCAAACACACCGGGCCUGAAGCAAGUCAGGAAUCUCUCCAUAAUGGGCUACGACUGGGCACCUGAAGGCCACGGCGAAUACCUCUACGAGGACGUGCGGGUGCCGCGAGAGAACAUCAUCCUGGGGCCCGGCCGCGCCUUCGAGAUUGCACAGGGCCGUCUCGGUCCUGGCCGCAUCCACCACUGCAUGCGGCUGAUCGGCCAGGCCGAGCGGGCCUACGAGCUCGCACUGGUGCGAUGCUACGAGCCGCGCAAGAAGCCCCGCGGCAAGUUCAUCGGCGAAUUCGACAGCAACAUCGAGCGCAUCGCCGAGAUGCGCAUGACCAUCGACGCGAUGCGGCUGGUCGUGCUCAACGCAGCGGAUACUAUGGAUCUACAGGGCAACAAGGCUGGGAGGUAUGCAAUCGCGCAGAGCAAGAUCAUGGUCCCGAAUGCGCUGCUCAAGGUCAUCGACGAGGCAAUGCAGAUCUAUGGCGGCCAAGGCCUCACGCAGCAUACACCUCUGCCCGAGAUCUGGACAUACGCUCGGUUUGUCAGAGUCGCCGACGGCCCUGAUUCGGCACAUAGACACCAGGUCGGUAGAGAUCAGAUGAAGACUGCGCAGGGCUUCAGAGAGCGGGCAGAGAAGUACACCGCGCGGUACAAGGAGCUUUGCAAAAAGUGGAAUCUGGAACCUGAGGAGUUCAUCGGCAUUGUGUAAAGCUAGAUAGCGUUUGAAUUACCUUACUUGUACAUACGAUUCUGUAUCUUGCAC